GAUUUUAUUUUGUUUGAGAGAGAAAGGGAAAAUCUAAUCCACAAAAUCAAAACUACGACCAUUUUUUACUGCUCUAUGAGCUCCACAGUCUACAAGCCCACAACUCCAUCGCAUUCUCACCCUUCGUCACUCUUCCCACUAAUCUCAUCAUGCAAAACCAUGAGAGACUUGAACCAAGCCCAUGCCCAGUUCAUCAAAACCGGCAAAAUCCACGACCCACUUGCCGCCGCCGAAAUCCUCAGAUUCUGCGCGCUUUCCGCCAACCAUCGCGAUUUGGAGUACGCGCGUAAAGUAUUUGACAAAAUGCGACAACCCAAUUGCUUCUCUUGGAAUACUAUUAUCAGAGCACUCGCAGAGUGCUCCGCCGACGAGGAAGCGAUGGAGGCCGUUUUGUUGUUUCGUCAAAUGGUUUCAGCUGGUUUUGUGGAGCCAAAUCAGUUUACUUUCCCUUCUGUGUUGAAGGCCUGUGCUAGAACGGGGGAUGUUGAAGUGGGUAAGCAAGUUCAUGGUUUGGUUUUCAAGUAUGGAUGGGAUGGUGAUGUGUUUAUUCUUAGCAAUCUUGUUAGGAUGUAUGUGAUGUGUGGGGCUAUGGUUGAUGCAAAUUGUUUGUUUCAAAGGAGUUUAAUUGAUUUUGGGAAUGUGUAUAAAGUGGUUGGUGAUAAGAGAAGGCAAGAGGGUAAUGUAGUUUUGUGGAAUAUUAUGGUUGAUGGGUAUGUAAGAAUUGGAGAUUUUCGAGCUGCGCGGGAGUUGUUUGAUAAAAUGCCUCAAAAAAGUGUGGUUUCCUGGAAUGCUAUGAUAUCUGGGUAUGCACAAAAUGGGCUCUUUAAGGAAGCGAUAGAAUUGUUCAGAGAAAUGCAAUUGGGAGAUGUUUCUCCAAAUUAUGUCACUUUAGUUAGUGUUCUGCCUGCAAUUUCCCGCCUUGGGGCACUUGAAUUGGGGAAGUGGGUACACUUAUACGCUGAAAAGAACAAGAUUGAUAUCAAUGAUGUGCUUGGUUCUGCUUUGGUUGAUAUGUAUUCCAAAUGUGGGAGCAUUGAGAAGGCACUUCAAAUUUUUGAGAAGUUGCCUAAAGAGAACGCAAUCACUUGGAAUGCCAUAAUCGGUGGACUUGCUAUGCAUGGUCGAGCGAAGGAUGCCCUUUACUACUUCUCUCGGAUGCAAAAGGCCAGUGUAAUGCCAACCGAUGUAACAUAUAUUGCUCUCCUCAAUGCUUGUAGUCACGGGGGCUUGGUGGAGGAAGGCCGGUCAUUUUUCAAUCACAUGGUUAGUGUUGUUGGCUUAGAACUAAGAAUAGAACAUUAUGGCUGUAUGGUUGAUCUUUUAGGCCGUGCCGGACAUUUAGAAGAAGCUGAGGAGUUCAUACUAAACAUGCCAAUUCAAAAGGACGACGUCAUAUGGAAGGCAUUACUUGGUGCUUGCAAGAUGCAUAAGAACAUAGAGAUUGGCAAACGAGUAGCAGAGAUUUUAAUGGAUAUGGUUCCUCGUGAUAGUGGAUCUUAUGUUGCACUGUCAAAUUUAUAUGCCUCUUCAGGAAACUGGGAAGCUGUUUCAGAAGUGAGAUUAAUGAUGAAGGACAUGGAUAUCAGGAAAGACCCUGGAUGUAGUUGGAUUGAGCUAGAUGGAGUGAUUGAAGAGUUUCUUGUUGAAGAUGACUCCCACCAUAGAGCUAAAGAAAUCCAUUCAAUGUUAAAGGAGAUUUCAAACCAGCUGAGAUCGGCGGGCUAUACACCAAAGACUGAACAAGUGUUGCUCAACAUGGAUGAAGAAGAGAAACAGAUGAACUUGCAACAUCACAGCGAGAAGAUUGCCAUUGCUUUUGGGUUGAUCAGUACUGGCUCUAAGACACCACUUCGGAUUGUGAAGAACCUACGCAUAUGUGAAGAUUGUCAUGCUUCCAUAAAGUUAAUCUCAAAAAUUUAUAAGCGUAAGAUUAUUGUGCGAGACAGAAAAAGAUUCCACCAUUUUGAGCAUGGGGCAUGCUCUUGUAUGGAUUACUGGUAAUUUGUCAAAACUAGAGAUGAAUAGGUCUGUAGUUAGCUCAGCUGUAAUUAACUAUAUAUAAAGAAAAUGACCAAGCAUUAAUCAUGGUCAUCUCAUCACCAGGUGCAUUUGAAGUUCCAUGUGACUAGUCCUGUUUUGAGUUAGCCAAGAAUAAAAUAAUAGAAAGUAAAUUUUGGAAAAGAAAA